AUGCUGUCAGCGUUCCUGUUGGCCGUGGGCUACUUCGCAUGUCAAACGAGACUUGGGCUGGGAUGCCAGCUGCCCACGGAGUGGAGACCGCUCAGCGAGGGCUGCCGAGCGGAGCUGGCGGAGAUCAUCGUGUACGCCAAGGUGCUGGCCAUCCAUCAGGAGGCGUACAGCGGCAGCCUGUACAACUACCUGCCCUACCAGUACGAGGGCGCGGACGACGGGCUCUUCUACACGGCGGAGAUCGAGCUGCAGUGCGACCAGGCGUGGGGCAGCAUGCUGGAGGUGCCCGCCGGCUCGCGCCUCAACCUCACGGGACUGGGCUACUUCUCGUGCCAGUCGCACACGGUGUUGGAGAAUUACUCCUACAUAUUCUUUCUCAGGAUGGAUGAAAACUACAACAUCUUGCCACAUGGAGUGAACUUCCAGGAUGCUAUUUUCCCUGACACACUGGAAAACCGGAGAACCUUCUCCAGCCUCUUCCAGUUCUCCAACUGCUCCCACGGCCAGCACCUCCAGACCUUCAGCACAGAUUGGGAGGCCCAGGAGGACAGCAGGCUCCUGUGCUCGUCGGUGCAGCUGGCGCUGUUCGAGGAAGAGGAGCGUGCGAGGAAGCUGCAGGAGCGCGUGGCGCAGCUGGAGAGGCGGAACCGGCAGCUGAAGGAGCGUGUGCGCAAGGUGAAGCGCUCCCUCCGGCAGACGCGCCGCAAGAGCCAGCGCGCCGAGACCGACAACCGGCAGCUGCGGGAGAAGCUGGCGGCCGCCGCCCGCCAGUCCGGCCGCCACCUCAACGCCGUCGAGCACGAGGACGCGCCCCGCGUCUUCAUCCGGGGGUAG